GCGUGGCGAAGCCUGCUUGGGGGUGUGACCAAGCCGGAUGUCCCGCAGGCCGCGCCGAGCGCUGGCUCAGUCUCGCGCUGUGGUUCGUCCGCGCCGCGCUUAGCCGCUCCACGCCUUGCGCUCUUCGCUCUCUCCGCAGCCAAAGCCCGGCAGUCCCGGCCACGCAGCUCCGCAACCAUGUCCAAGCUGGCGCGGCUCGAGCGCGAGGAGAUCAUGGAGUGCCAGGUGAUGUGGGAGCCUGACAGCAAGAAGGACACGCAGAUGGACCGCUUCCGGGCGGCCGUGGGUACCGCCUGCGGCCUGGCGCUUGGGAAUUACAAUGACUUAUACCACUGGUCCGUCCGAUCAUAUUCGGACUUCUGGGCUGAAUUCUGGAAGUUCAGUGGAAUCGUCUACUCACGCAUGUAUGAUGAGGUUGUGGACACAUCCAAAGGAAUUGCAGAUGUCCCUGAGUGGUUCAGAGGCAGCCGCCUCAACUACGCAGAGAACCUCCUGCGGCACAAGGAGAAUGACAGAGUUGCCCUUUAUGUGGCCCGGGAAGGCAGAGAGGAGAUUGUGAAGGUGACUUUUGAAGAGCUGCGGCAGCAGGUGGCUCUGUUCGCAGCCGCCAUGAGGAAGAUGGGCGUGAAGAAAGGGGACCGUGUGGUUGGUUAUCUGCCCAACAGUGUGCAUGCGUUGGAGGCCAUGCUGGCUGCUGCCAGUAUUGGUGCCAUUUGGAGUUCUACCUCGCCGGACUUUGGUGUGAAUGGUGUCCUGGACCGCUUUUCUCAAAUUCAGCCAAAACUUAUCUUCUCAGUGGAGGCUGUUGUCUACAAUGGCAAGGAGCACGGCCACCUGGAGAAGCUGCAGCGAGUUGUGAAAGGACUGCCCGACCUGCAGCGCGUGGUGCUGAUCCCUUAUAUCCUCCCAAGGGAGAAGAUAGACAUUUCCAAGAUCCCCAACAGUGUGUUCCUGGAUGAUUUCCUGGCAAGCGGGACAGGCGCGCAGGCGCCCCAGCUUGAGUUUGAACAGCUGCCCUUCAGCCACCCUCUGUUCAUCAUGUUCUCCUCAGGCACAACAGGAGCACCCAAGUGCAUGGUGCACUCUGCUGGGGGCACCCUCAUCCAGCACCUGAAGGAGCACGUACUCCAUGGCAACAUGACAAGCAGUGACAUCCUGCUCUACUACACUACGGUUGGCUGGAUGAUGUGGAACUGGAUGGUGUCAGCCCUGGCCACAGGAGCAUCCUUGGUCCUGUAUGAUGGCUCCCCGCUGGUUCCGACCCCCAACGUGUUGUGGGACCUUGUGGACAGGAUAGGUAUCACCGUCCUGGGAACGGGAGCUAAGUGGCUGUCAGUGCUGGAGGAGAAGGACAUGAAGCCAGUGGAAACUCACAACCUCCACACACUUCACACGAUCCUGUCCACCGGCUCACCACUGAAAGCCCAGAGCUACGAGUAUGUGUACAGAUGCAUCAAGAGCACCGUGCUCCUCGGCUCCAUAUCAGGUGGCACUGACAUCAUCUCCUGCUUCAUGGGCCACAACUCAUCUAUUCCUGUGUACAAGGGGGAGAUCCAAGCCCGGAACCUUGGCAUGGCCGUGGAAGCCUGGGACGAGGAAGGGAAGGCCGUCUGGGGAGUGAGUGGUGAGCUGGUGUGCACCAAGCCCAUUCCCUGCCAGCCCACGCACUUCUGGAAUGACGAGAAUGGCAGCAAGUACAGGAAGGCUUACUUCUCCAAAUUCCCAGGUGUCUGGGCACACGGUGACUACUGCAGGAUCAACCCCAAGACAGGAGGCAUCAUCAUGCUGGGCCGGAGUGAUGGCACCCUUAACCCCAAUGGUGUACGUUUCGGCAGCUCGGAGAUCUACAACAUCGUGGAAGCCUUCGAUGAGGUGGAAGAUAGCCUGUGUGUACCCCAGUACAACAGGGAUGGCGAAGAGCGGGUAGUCCUGUUUCUGAAGAUGGCGUCUGGGCACACUUUCCAGCCUGACCUCGUGAAGCGCAUUCGCGAUGCCAUCCGCCUUGGUCUGUCUGCUCGACACGUGCCCAGCUUCAUCCUGGAGACCCAAGGCAUUCCAUACACACUCAAUGGCAAGAAAGUGGAGGUGGCGGUGAAGCAGGUGAUCGCCGGGAGGACUGUGGAGCACCGGGGGGCCUUCUCCAACCCUGAGACCCUGGACCUGUACCGGGACAUCCCUGAGCUGCAGGACUUCUGAGCCAGCGGCUCACACUCCGUCCAGCUGUGCAUGUGAUGGAACCUAGGGACACUUUAAAGAUAGCAGCUGCUCCAGGUGGCCCUGGUACCGCGCACUUCACGGGCUCGGAAACAGCUCUCCACUUUCGGAGUCAUUGGUGGGGACCAGGUCUCCUGAUCUCCAGGAUGUGCCUGGCCUUUGGAGACCAAAAGGGUACACUGAGGCUUGUCUCGGCCCUGCUGCUAUAGGUCAGCACACAGCCUUGCAGAUGCAGGGCUGGUGACAUUUGGUGACAGCACACUGGAGGAGCGAUGUGGCCUUCAGCUUCAUGAGCCCGCUGUUCCGUCUCACUCUGUGAAGGUGAAGUCUUACCUAGAUAUACUCUCUGUCCUUAACUGGCCUGGCUUCCUCAGCGGUACUGUCUUCUCAAGAGCUGACUGAAGCCGGGGCACCUGGCCCAGCAUGCCUGUCACCUCACACACAGCUGGCUGUUGGGACACCUGGGCUGAUGGCUCCUGUACUGUCUGCCAAGGCCAGAACACCAUUCUAGGGAAUUGUGAGUGAAUCGUCCAGACAGCCAAGAGCUCCCUGCUGUGGCAAGUCCCGCCUGCUGGCGAGUAUCCCCAGUAUCCUGCACUGGUUGUUACUGGGUCUUAACUGCAGGGUCUGAAUGGGUCAGAAGUUUUAAUGUUAAUUGAGGAUCUGCUGUCUGGGGGCACUUGAAUCCCUGGGUGUCUACCCCAGGUUACCACUUAGCUGGGCAGUGUGAUCCUGGAGUCCUCCAGGGACGGAGCUGCCUGGCCUCAGAGGGAAAUGGCUCUGUGCUCCCACCUAAUAGUUGCUGGGCUCUUUCUGUUGUGACUGUCCUCUGCAUUUGUAAAUGAAGUCUCAGGCUUUGGCUGCCAGGACUUAAUGGUGCUUUUCGUCUAGCACAUGGAAUAUGUCAUAAAUCCUGGUGAUUGCUUUUGUAUUUUUUUUUUUUUUUAACUGAGCACAACAUUAAACCUUUUAAAAAAAUAUCCUGGAUUUUAAGUCUAUAAGGAAAAAGUGCUAUGAAGAAUUUUAUGGAAUAAAUAUGUGCCAUGAACACCUGUA